GUGUGUGAACAUAUCUGGGAGGAGGGGCCUCGGUUAAGGCUAUAAAUAGGGGACAAAUCCUAAAGAGAGGGAGACACACAAAGAAAGUACAGUGGAAAGAGGAAAAGAGGCGGAAACUGAAAAUUGCCAGAAAUACUUUUUUAUUGUGGAAAACUUUGUGACAUGUGAGGAGGCACCACAUAGAUUCUUCGAGGGAGACAGUGUCUUUAUUUUUGCUAGAUUAGAGAAUAAACCCUACAAAAGAAUAGGGGGUAAAGAAGAGAAGAAGACGAAAUGAAGAACUUGCAGUCAGUAGACAUAGGGGUCUCUCAGCAAAAACAACUCAACGUAUCUCAACCCAAAGUUUGGCUAACGAAUGAUCUUGUUCGUGUGGGACUCGCUGAAUCCCUUUGCACAUAUGUCAUGAUGGUGCUUGGCCUGGGGUCUGUGGCCCAGGUAGUGACAGGACAGGGAGAGUUUGGACAGUACCUCAGCAUCAACCUGGGUUUUGGCCUGGGUGUUGCUAUGGGGGUUCAUGUUGGAGGGAAGGUCUCAGGGGCUCAUAUGAAUGCAGCAGUGUCAUUCACAAUGUGCACUUUUGGCCGCCUCGGGUGGAAGAUGCUGCCUCUCUAUGUUUUUGCGCAGCUAUUGGGGUCAUUUCUGGCGGCAGGGACAAUUUAUGCUGUCUAUUAUGAAGCCAUAUAUGACUAUUGUGGAGGAAACCUGACUGUAACAGGUGUAAAGGCCACAGCUGGGAUUUUUGCCACCUAUCCUGCGCCUUACCUCUCCUUGCUGGGUGGAUUCAUUGAUCAGGUGUUUGGCACAGCUAUGCUGCUGCUGUGCUUGAUGGCUCUGUCUGACCAGAAGAACAAACCGGCUGCAGCGGGAAGCGAGCCUGUCGCAGUUGGUCUCCUGGUGCUGCUCAUUGGCCUUUCUCUGGGAAGCAACAGCGGUUAUGCUAUCAACCCCACCAGAGACAUCGCACCCAGAGUCUUUACUGCCAUAGCAGGCUGGGGUGCUGACGUGUUCAGGUCUGGAAAUGGGUGGUGGUGGGUGCCCCUAGUUGCCCCCCCCAUUGGAGGAGUAUUGGGUGCGGGGCUAUACAGGGUCUUGGUGGAAAUGCACCACCCUCCCCCCUCUGAACACGAUCACGGGAUGGUGGAUAAAUUUGAAGAGACUGCCCCUCUGGGGAAACAGGGAAACAUCUGUGCUAAUAUAUGCGUCUGAGGCCCCGACCAGCCUUUAAAGCUAUUUGGGCAUCUGUAUGCAGUUGAAACAUUCAAUGAUGACAGAAGAUGGACAGAAGGACUUUCACAAUAAGAGAGACUGAUUCAAAUAAGGUUUUAAAUAUCUCAAGCAAUUUUGAAAUGAUGUGUCUGUUUAUAACUAUUGUCAUCAAGCUUAGUUACUCAACUGCAGUUUAUGCACUUGUAAGUGACUGCAACACAUCAUUUAUAAAAUACCAACACAAUUUAUAAAAUACAUAUUUUAAACUGUGACGCUGACAUCUAGGACUUAUUGGUCCAAUCCAUGCUAGUUAUACUAACUACAUAAGGGAAAAAAGGUUGAAAAAUAAGAGCUAUUUCUAUGCAUUGAAGAAAAUUCACGUCACAGCUUAUAUUUCAUGUUUAUUAUUGAGAGAAUAACAGCUGAUGUAACCUUGGAAGACACCAUAAAUAUCAUUCAUUAUAACAACAUGAGACCACUUACAUUAGCUUAGAAACUAGUGUAUGUAAAUAAAAGCAAACAGUCCCCAUUAAUUGCACUUAAAUAAACGUAUGUUUUGGAAAAUAAAAAAUAAACAAGAGUUGGCUAUUCACAGCUUGAAAGAGCAGCAGCACUACUAAAAGAUAAUAUACACAUUCAUCUUUUCAACAAUCCAGUUCACUGGAGCAACUAAAAAGUGUAAAUGUGUUUUGAUAAACCGUGUAGAAGUUCCAAAGUACUUCAACAAAAAAGUUAACGUGUAAAUCUGCUCAGCUGUAUCCUUUUGGUAUCAAGAGCCCUAAAUUUAUAAAGCUAGCACAUUUUUAUCUCUAAAGUGCUGAGAUAUAACCUUUUCACCGUUGUCAGAGCAGAUGUCAAUAGUCAAAGAAUCAUAUGCCUAGUCUAGCAUAUUUUUAUGAUUGUGAAGUUUACAUUCAAUGAGGCACUGCAGCAAUACAAUGGCCAGUGAGUAACUUACAUCACUGAAGUCUAGCUUGAUGGUUAUUUUCAGUCUUUGAUAAUGUAACACGUUACAUUUCAAGGUUCAAAAUUGAUUGCACUCUGAAGUCAUGGAACGUUUGAAGUUGAAGUUCUGGAGGUGUCAGAUAAAGCACUGUCAACACUGAUGCUUAGUAUUUUCAUUAACAUUUUCAGUUUCAAUCGUUUUCAAUUAUGAUCAAUUUCUUUUUGUGAUCAUUUGUUCACAACUAAAAACCGACAGCGUUAUUUUCAUUCUUCCAGUUUCAGUCACAUAAAUGUGUUAUUUAGCCAUUUUCACACUUCUUUUCAAAUUGUAUACAUUAUAUUAUUUUUGUAUGAUACACUAGAAUUUUAAUAUUUACAGCAACAGAAAAACAAGCCUAGUGGUAGUAACUAAAAAUACAAACUGUGUCCUUAUUGAGUAUUAGUAAGUAUUCAUUGAUUACAGCAGUGGUUCAAUUUUUUUUUUACUUUGUCAGGAUUAUUUGUCGAGCAUCGGAAGCACAGAAGUCAUUUUUACCAGGUGUCACUAGUUAACACUGUUAUGAUGCUUUGAAUAACAAAUCUAAUGGUCAUGCAGUAUGCUGGAAAAGAAAAAAUGAAUGUGAAUGGAUGAAAAAUUAUGAUUAGCAUUAUGUUUCUUGUGUUUUGAAAUGUAUGACAGGCCAACAUAAUGUCAUUUAACAGGUUGGGGGGAAAAAAAUCUCCUUGGGUGGAAACAUUCUCACCGCUUUCCCCCACUGUGUCUUCCUGUGCUGCCUUGGCUCUUUGCAGUGCUCCCUAAGCUGCACUGUGUGGACUGCUUCUUCUUGGGGAUGGGUAGCUUGGCUUUGCCUUUGAAGGCCUUUGUAGGAUCCAGCUUGUUGAGAUGGUAUUCUCCAGCAGGAUCAGCCGAGCUAAGUUCACUGCUAAAAGUCAGUGGCUGGUACAGUGAUGCCCACUGCUAUGGAGAGAACAAUAGGUAGAUAGUUUACAAUGCUGUUUAAAGUUAUGUAUUCUAAAAAAAAAAAAAAGACACACAAAAUAACCUGUACAAUGUCCUUUAGGAACUGAGUGUUACAGUGGGAAACUACAAUGAAACUGAAAAAC